CAAUUUGUUUUUCUCAAUCUCAAUAUCAAAUUGUAAUCAAUUGAGAUCAUUACUUAUGGUUGACAAUUUAAUUUUAAUCAGUUUUUUAUCAAUCACUUGAGAAGAUUAAUUUAAUCGCUUUUUUUAGUCUAAACAAUCAGAUAACAAUAAUCAUCCUCGAAUUAGAUUAAUCAAUAACUUGGAGUUUGUAUUAUCAUGAAAAAGUUUUUUCUUUCUAUUGUUUUCCAAUCUGAUAUUGAAUUCGAAGGAGAGAAUUGAUAAACUGAUGAGGAAUCACUUGAGUUAAUCUUCUUUGGUCAUCUUAUCAUCUCCAUCAUCAUCUCACUCAUUUAUAUCCUAGAUGACCAAUGGUCUUAUGCUGAGAGUUAAUUAGAUGACCAUCACGUCGAGUGAUUCAAUCAUGUUUCCCAUUGAGAAGUGAAAAUGGUUGAUUAGAAAAGUUUUUCUCUAAUCGAUUUUGUUUCGUUCUUUUUUUCAAUAAACAAUUUACUUGGAAAAUUUAAUCAUGAUCCAUAAUUAAUUGUUCACAAUCAAUUUAGAUUCAUACAAUAUCCUAUCUUCAGCAAGUACAAGAUUCACAUCACAAGGUAGUGGACAAAUUCAAUUGUGGCAAUUUUUACUUGAACUUUUAUCGGACAACAAUUCAAAUUGUAUCGCUUGGGAAGGUAACAAUGGAGAGUUCAAAUUAACGGAUCCGGAUGAGGUCGCCCGUCGGUGGGGUGAACGGAAGAGCAAACCAAACAUGAAUUACGAUAAACUUUCACGAGCACUUCGAUAUUAUUACGAUAAAAAUAUAAUGACCAAAGUUCACGGUAAAAGGUAUGCGUACAAAUUUGACUUCCAUGGUUUGGCUCAAGCCUGUCAACCAAAUCCCACCGAGUCUUCACCCGCCAGCUACAAGUAUCAAUCGGAACUUUUAUUAACACCAACGGCUGCUUAUCACGCUCAUGCAAGUAAACUCAACUCUUACCUGGCUGCAGGAGCCGCGGCGAGAAAUGCAAAUGUUAAUCAUCAUCAAAAUCACCACCAUCAUCAUCAUCAUCCUUCACUGUUCACUGGUCCACCAUAUUGGUCAACGGCGGCGGCGACCAACUCAUGUAAUCCUCUUUACACCGCAUCAAUUGGACACCUCGGACAUCAUCACCACCACCAUAGAGCCAAUUCAUUGGGAUCUUAUUAUGCUUGAAAUCAUUUAGUAAUCACCAGUUUAUCAGUUAUUCAUUUUCUUAGUAUUAUUACAAAAGUUUUCAUCAUUUCCGUUUCCGUUUUUUUCAUCUCUUUUUUUGUUUCUUCCUUGUGGGUCGGGAUGAUUGCAAUUAGUAAAUUAUGAUUACUA